UUUGAAGUGAGGAAGAGGAGAAGCAGGAGGAGGAGGAAGAAGAAGAGGAGGAGGAGGAAGAGGAGGAGAAUUGAGGUGUGAGUGAAUGCAGCCAUGGCCUGUGACCCUUGUCCAUAGAGAGGCUGCACUUUGGAAGAGAGACCAAAGGAGACAGAGACAACCAACAGGAUGAAACUGUGGGGGAGGUCAGCUUGGCCUUGGCAGGUGGCCUUCCUCGUUGCCUUGGUGAUGCUCUGCGUUGACCCGGCGUCUGCUGGCAACCGUAACCAUCGGGGACCGACAGUGUCAUACCAGGUGAAGCAGGGGACGUGCGAGGUGGUGGCUGUGCACCGCUGCUGCAAUAAGAAUAAGAUCGAGGAGCGUUCUCAAACAGUCAAAUGUUCCUGUUUCCCGGGGCAGGUCGCCGGCACCACCAGGGCCAGACCCUCCUGUGUGGAAGCCUCCAUCGUGGCCCAGAAGUGGUGGUGCCAGAUGCAGCCGUGUAUGGACGGAGAGGAGUGUAAGGUCCUGCCUGACCUCACGGGAUGGUCCUGCAGCACCGGCAACAAAGUCAAAACCACCAAGGUCACUCGAUAGCGAGAGAGCCUCUGAGUCACGAGGAAACCUGAAACUGUCCGUAUGGAAAGGAUGGAUGACUCACACGUAUUUACUGUACGAUGGGGAAAAAGGAUCAAAGAAAGGACUAUUGUUGGGAUAUCCAUCAUGAAACAAUGGGAUAAAAUGUACUCGUCGCAAACUAUGUACACUUGGGCACGUGGAGCCGCACAUACAGCAUUUACACUGUGCUGGUUGUUGAGACCAAUGGACUGCGAUCAGGGUACAUCUGGACAAUAACAGGGCUUUUUUUUUUCCAAUGAUGGAGAAAAAAGAAGGGUUACAGACACUGAUUAAGCAUUUCAAAGUAUAUAUACAAGCAAAGCAUUUGUGGAGGAAUGUGAGACAUGAACUAAAUACUGUGUUCUUGGACGAGGUCGACCUGUUGUCGAACUUAAGCUGGGAAACAGUGGCAAUGGUUUGGGAAGAAUGAAACAGAUAGCAGCUCGUAACUAGCAAAUAGCAAAUUAGCAUCAAAUUGCUCUUGUGGGUCAAGUCACAACCAUGAAGACUGUUUGCGGGAGUCAUUUUGCAGUCCCUAAUUGGGGAAUUGCAGUAGGAUCAUAACAACAUAUUAAAAAUUCAUGUAAGAUAUUUGCACUAGUUGAAACCAUUGGGGAAUGUUUUGUUUUUCUCAAUAUUUCCCAUGUUUUGCUGUGGAUGUCACAUGAAACUGAAGGUGAGCAUUUUGUAAAAUGUCAAACACUUGAAGUAGAUAAAUAUGUAUGUCACAGCCCUCUAAUUCUGAGUAGUUAUUGGUUAAAAAUGGCUCCGACUACAGAGCACUGCUUUACAUACAGCGUGGUACAAUAUGAACUAGCAAAGUGUGAUUCAUCUGUCUUAUUUUUGCCCAGAAACAUUUCCCAAGCUCAGCCUUUACAGUUAUAUAUCUUUGAUCUAUUAUAUUAAGUCUGUGACAUCUCUUAUGUUAACUGUUAAAAGGAGGCCCAUAAAUGUUAAAACAAGGAGGAUCGUUUG